GGCAUAACUAGCUUACUUUUAAAUCAACGAAGUAUCAAAGAAUAUGGCGACUUGUAUGGAAAAAGACGAAUUUUAUGAAGAUGAAGGUGAAGCAAUACCAAUAUACGUCAAAGACGAGAACGGCAAGCAGAUAUUUCUAAAAGAUAAUGUACUUAGGAUACUCAAUCAAAAAGGAGUAAAAGAUGGAAAAGUCAUGGUGCUAACUGUCGCCGGAGCAAUGCGUGAAGGAAAAUCUUUCAUACUAAAUCUAUUCAUCAAAUAUCUUGAGUCUGGGAUGUCGUCUAGUUGGUUGGACGGGGAUGAGAACAACACACUUGCAGGUUUUUCAUGGCGCGGGGGAACAAAGUCAAAUACUAUGGGUAUACUGAUGUGGAGCAAGCCAUAUUUUGCAAAUCUUUAUGGAAAAAAUAAGGUCAACUGA